AUGACAGUGUCUCUCAACGCGAUUCCGAGCCCCUCCUACAUUGACCGCGAGCUUUCCGCUAAUUUAGACUCUACGGACGCCUUUGAAGGUCCUGAGAAGCUCUUAGAAAUCUGGUUCUAUAAAAACUCCAGCUGCGUACCAGACAAUGCCAAAACUUUGCGAUCUAUCGAUUUCAGCACCUGGGUGCGUUUGUUGCAACUGGUCAAGUGCCAAGUACUGUCAAUGAAACAAACCGAAAAGAUGAAUGCUUUCUUGCUGAGCGAAUCGUCUCUUUUUGUGUUUGACCAUAAGCUCACACUUAAGACUUGCGGCACUACCACUACAUUAUUCUGCCUCGAAGAGCUAUUUCGUGUCGUUAAGGAACACCUCGAUUGGAACUUCUGCCAGAAGGGAAAGGUGAAUCCUUACAAAGUUUUCUAUUCCAGGCGUUGCUUUAUGUUCCCCAAGAAGCAGCAGGGUAUUCACCAGAACUGGGAUGACGAAACUCAGUAUCUGAACAAGUUCUUUAGCAACGGGAAAAGCUAUCUCGUGGGACGUUUAGGCCAAGCAAAUCACUGGAGUUUAUACGUAACUGAGACCAAUAGGGAUCUGGAUGGCCAGGACGAAAACUUUGAUGGCAGCGAGGAAGACGAUGAUGAGAAUGAUGAUGACGACGACGACGAGACAUUAGAAAUGCUGAUGACGGGCCUGACGCCCUCUCGGGCGUCCCAGUUUGUCACCACGAGAGAACCUGGACAGCCCGUUGAAAGCGAUACUGAUGAUGAGGGCCAUGUGCUUGGCGCUCAAGUUACUGAGGACACGCAACUAGACCGGAUCUACGACAAUGUCGAAGGCGUUUCCUUCCAACAGGAUGCUUUUGCAUUCACGCCAUGCGGUUACUCGGCCAAUGUGGUUAUGGACCAAGAGUAUUACUAUACUCUACAUGUGACCCCGGAAGAUGGUUGGUCCUAUGCCUCAUUUGAGAGUAACGUUCCUGUCACGAAGGUCUCUGGAGGUACGCAGGACAAUAUAGCGGUUAUGGAGCGCGUUUUGCAGGUGUUCGGACCUUCGGACUUUUGCCUCACCUUUUUCUCUCGCCGCAGCCACAACGACAAUUUUGCCAAGCUCAAGAAACUAACAGACCGUGUUUCCAACUACACUCGUAAGGAUAAGAUCGUCUACCAACUAGAUGAUUAUCAUUUGCUAUACUUGAGAUUUGAGCGCAAUAAUUAA